UCCAAUUCAGUCAUCCAAAGCCCCACUCAAUCCAUCAAUAAAAGCAAGUUGGGUUUCUUGGACUUCACCAUCUGCCACUCUUUUUCACCUUAAAUUCAAAAGCUUCUUGGCCAAAUUGAAGUUGACUUGCAAUAACAGCUACUGGGUGUCGGUGGUUGGAGCUAAAUUAGAAAUGGCAAUGCCGCUGGACAUGACCAUAUGGAUGAUGAAGAUGGUGUGGGUAGCACUUAGUGGCUGGGUGUCUUCUUGUUUGGCUGUUGCUGAUGAGCUUGCCGCCUCUCUCAGAACCGGUGAUAUUGGCCCUUUUCAUGUUGGCUGAUCAUUCAUCAUCAUCAUCCACUUUAAAUUCUUUUCUAAUUCUAUUCCGAUCACGCAGACAAGAAGAAUGUAUGGAUUGAGAAGAAACUUCUAUGAAAUUGGAGUUCUCAAGCCAUCUUAGUUUCAGACAAAGAGUGUGGUUUCAGAUUUUGGCUGCCUGUUGGAAUCUUGAUCCUCGACAGCAACGCCAAAAGAAUUGCAUGUAAAGUGUAAUAUAUUGUGUAAGUGGAGGCACAUCUGUAAUGUGCCAAGGAUUGAAACACUGGGUUGAACGUAAAUUUGUCGAACAUUGUAGAUGGAGCUUACAAUACUAAUCAUGAUCUAGUUUAGUUGACUGUACCAGAAGUUGCCCCUUCAGUGACUUGUAACAUUUGUUUCUGGGUAUGGAGAUGGUAUUCUCAACAAUGCAGAGUAUAUAAAGAUGGCAUCUUUUGUUCAAGAAACAUAUUUUUGCAACACAUCUUUAUGCACCCACUUCUUAUUUUAGUAAA